GUGGCAGGUCUCCUCGGCCGGGCAAAGGGGGAGGAGGGGGAGGUGGCUCCGGCUUCGCCUCCUUUCCUCCCUUGCAAGGCUCCUCAGCAGCCCCAGCGGAAGGCAGAACCUCGGGCUCGGGAGCCGCCAGCCGGCACUCACUGAAGGGAAAGGACCCAGCAUGCCGGCGACCUGGCUCGCGUGUCUGUUAGCUGCCCCCAUUGCUUGGAUUCACACCGCCUCUGCCAUUUUCCUGGGGCGCCGCACAUGCCCGGCAGCAGCACGGGGGGGGGGGGCUUCCCUCCGCCUUUGUGUCCUCCCUUCACAGCCCCCUGACAAACCCACCGCCUCCGCCCCUACCACCAUGCUGCGGACCCAGCUCGGAGGUUUCGGUGGUGGGUUUUGGAAGAGGGAGUGGGGGGAGGGCCCGCUUCGGCAGAGAUAAAAACUCUCUCGCGUUCUGCGAAUGCGGCAUGCGCCCCAAAACUAAACUAACUAAAACAACAACAGGGGGACAAAGAGCGUGCGGGGUGGCGGAGGUGGCGAUAGCGAGGCUGGCCACCCUCAGGAGCUCUAUCUAGGGCCGUCUUAGGUAUGGCUUAUUUUCGGGGUGUGGCUUAUAUUUCUCAAAUGCUUGAAAAUCCUGCUACGUCUUAUAUUAUGACUACGUCUUAAAAAGGGGGAAACAUGGUAUGUAUGAAAUUCACCCUCUUCGUUUAUCAACUGGUCUAAUGUUAAUAUACCCAGAUUCAUCCACCUCUCCCAUACGACCAUUUCUUUCCUGAUUUUUAAAGACGGGUUUCCGUCUUUAAAAGUAUUAAUGUACAUAUUUAGACCCAAGUAUUAAUGUACAUUGUUGAGUAUUAAUGUUGAGUAUUAAUGUACAUAUUUAGACCCAAGUGCUACCUAUCUUUCUAGAGGUGCUACAUAGGAAUAUUCUAAAGCAGCCCAAUUUGGACAGUUGUUUUCAGUUAUGGGUCACCAGAAUUGUCACCUGACAGUAAAUACGCUUGGUGAUACAAUUCUAAGUCUGGGAUCCAAAAUCCUCCUCCUUUCAUCGGCAUUUGCAUUUUUUGCAUAGAUAAUCUUGGAACUGAAGAGCCCCAAAGGCAUUUUCUAAACAAAGGUUUAAUUUUGAGAACAUAUUUUCUUGGUAUGUGAAUUGGAAUUCCUCUUAAGAUAUAAACUAGUCUAGGUAUUAUGUUCAUUUUAAGAGCAGUGACUUUUCUCCACAGGGUCAGGUUCAAUGACUCCUAUCCAGUGCUUUUUUUCUAUAAAAAAAAAAGUUUAGGAGUUCUCUCAUUUUCCUACUCAUAUUGAAAUGUUGCUCCUCAAUGAGGCCAAACUUAGAUUCACAAAAUGUUUAAGGGCGUGCCUACCCAUGUUUCUCCCCAGAAAAAAGCACUGCUCCCAUCUGUCGAUGUCACUGAGACCUCAUGGUAUAUUUUGUUGAUGUCACUAAUAAUGACACUAAUUUAGAGAAGUCUCAUGGUAUUAAUGUGCCUAGAUAUUUAAUGUUGUCUUUGCAAAUAUGAAAUUGGUAUUGUUUAAACGGGUGCUUUUUUCUGGGGGGACGCAGGAGUGGGUGUGCUUCUCUACUUGCCCCUGGAACACCCCAGAGAGGGUGAGAAUGUGCAAGAGGGCAGCCCAGGGGCAAGUGGAGGAGUGCCUCCCCCCACUCCCCUGCUGUCCAUGAGCAUCUGCUAGUGAGCGCUGGGUGUGCCGUGGGGGCAGUUUCUUCACUCUGCUUAAUCAGGGAGCUGGCCCUGCAACACUGUUCAACUUCAAAAUAAGGAAAGCUGGUCAAAGUCAUUGACACCCUUCCUUAAAUAUACAUUCAUGUACAGCCCCCCCCCAAGAAACCACUCCAUAGAAUGACAGAACUGCAGUGUUGGAAGGGACCCUAAGGGCCAUCUAGUCCAACCCCCUGCAAUGCAGGAACCGCACCAGAGUUUGGGUUCAAGGGAGAGGCAUAGAAGGCUCAGCUGUGAUUCUGCCUGGGGGAGCCAUGGAGGUUGAGGGAAAAGAAGAGAGCAUGAAGUGGAGGGCGCGUGGCUCACAGAAGCUGGAAGGGACCCCCAAGGGUCAUCUAGCCAUACCCCCUGCCAUGUGGGAAUCCACCAAGUGCCUGAGGAAGCUGCCUGCCUUGGCUUGGACCUGAGGGACUGCCUCCUCCAUCCUAAGGAAGCCAGGACCCUCUGCAACACACCACAACCCCUCCCCAACCCUGACGUUCCACUUUCUCAACUGCCCUCGUCGCUUGGCCCCCUUUCCUCAGCGCCUGCACCAGCUCCUGGUCGAACUUGGCAGCCUGGGUGACCAGCCGGGGGUCUCCCUCUAUGGCGAUGACGGAGAGACCCAGGCCAAAGGCCAGGAAGCGAGAGAGGAGGCCUUGGGGUAAAGGGGACGGACGGACGGCGGGAACAAGACAGGAUAAAUAAAGUAUACUUUGCGAGACUCCGAAAAGGAAGAGCAACCUGAUGCCUCCUCCAUCCCUCCUUACCUGGCCAGCACUCACGUCAACCACCUGGCGGCACCCCGUGAGGUCACUCAGCCGAGUCAGGGAGGCCCCUGUGGAGCUGUCCAUUCAGGGAGUGAAGGUGGAGGGACCCCUGGUGGAUUCAGUGAGGGGCAGUGGCUGCUUCCCAGGAGAGGGAGAGGAGGAGGAUGGGCAGCAGCAGCAGGAGAGGAAACCAGGUGUGGCUGGAGGAAGAGGUAGAAGGGAGUGUGCGAAGGUAAUAAAUAAUAAAAAUAAAUGUGUACUCUGCCUCUUCCCCUGACUCAGGGCAGCUUACAGAUAACAUAAGAAGAGCUGAUGACAAUAAAAAAUAAAGCAUUAACAGGAUUAAAACUAUGUAUGUAUGUAUGUAUGUAUGUAUAUGUAUGUACCGUAUAUAUGUAUGUAUAUAUGUCUCUAUCUAUCUCCCAUCAAAUGUCAAGAAAAUAAACAACUAUCCAACUUUUAGAAAACAUCUGAAGGCAGUCCUGUUUAGGGAAGUUUUUAAUAUUUGAAAUUUUAUUCUGCUUUUAAUGUUCUGUUGAAAGCCGUCCAGAGUGGCUGGGGGAACCCGCCCAGAUGGGCGGGGUAGAAAUAAUAAAUCAUCAUCAUCUAUCAAUGCAUGUUCUGUUAAAAACACACAGAUAAUUACAAAAAAAAUGGCACAUUAAAAGCAGCAUUAAAAACACAUCCCGUCAGGAAAAAUCCAAGGAAGUCAUUGUUCACGCCAGGAAUAGCUGAUGUGGAACUUUCUGCCGCAAGAGGCAGCCAUGGCCGCCAGUCCCAAAGGCUCUGCUUUCCCUCCACCACAGUCAGAGGCAGAUGAGCUUCUGAAUGCCAGUUGCUGGCUGGCCACCUGGAGGCUGCGCCAGAUGGGCCCCCUUUGGCCUGAUCCAGCAGCCAGGCUCUUCUGAUGUCCUCAUGGAACCUCCAGGUGCAGAGGCAGUCUAUCUCAUUCCUAGUUUCUUGGGAAUUGACUAGGCGGGGCAUUGGCUGGAUCCAGCGGCUUUUAUGCUCCACGGAGGAGUAAAUAUAAGGGCUGGCGGAAGCCCGGCUGAUGACGCCCGGCUAUUGGUUUUGCUUAUGAAAAUUGUAUUUGUUAUUUUGGGGGUUUUCUUUUUAAUGGUCAUGUCUCUUUCUGUUGAAACUGAGCUGCCUUGUAGGGAAACGUUUGAGGAAAAGCAGACGGGCAAAUUCUAAAUGGAUGGGCUGCAAAACAAAACCACUCGCCCUGCAGAGGCGGCUUCUGAGAGAGCGCAGAGGAGCCGAGGCGGAGCGGAUCUGUUGGCAACCCCUGUCACGCUAGAGGGCCGCCAGCCUGCCUCCGCCUCGCAGCCGAGUGGCUUUGCCUACGUCAGAACUCUCCGGCCCCGCCCCUCGCCAGCGAAGCGUCGUCCUAGCAACUCCGUCGCCCGCCAGAGCACUCCAUCCGCGGGGAUCCCCCCGCCGGAAACCGAAUGGGACGACCCAAACGCUAUUUGCCCCGUCGGUCCGCUGUGCUAAGAUUGGGCCCCUUCGGCUCCCUUCUCUUCUAGGAGAAGCGGACAUAGAGAUACGAAAGGUUGGGGGGGAGAAGGAGAGAGAACAAACCACCUCAGUAUUGCAGAGAAGAGAGGGAUUUUGUGUGAGGAAAGUAAAUCGAUGCCGCACACCAACUUCCGGUCUGAAACGGAACCUGCGGCCUUAGAACGUGAUGGCCGCUCUAACUUGUGGCGCGUCUAUAGUCUGCGCGUCCUUCUAGCAAGCCCCGCCCCUACUCCCCGCCCACAAAUUCUGUGCCAAUGCUUCCUUGGCCUGGGGAUCUGGCCGAGGGAUGCUGACGCGCCAAGAAUGAUCCAUUCCUUCCUUCAUUCUUCCAGCCUCUGCUGUGCUUCCAUGUUGCCUUCCUCUUCUCUUCUCUUCUCGCCCCCCUUCAGUCCAGUCCCUGACAAGGGACUUGGGCUAGAUGAGGGUUGCCCGGUUCCAAAAGAUGAAAAUCUUUGCAGUUGUGAAAAAUAUUUUUUUAAAAAAAUCAAUGGGAGAAAGCCCCAAAGAACUCCGUGGCCCCGAAUGUGCAAAGGGGUGGGUGGGGAACCGGGGAAAGGCCUCUUCAUUUUCUGUGGCGAAAAGCGCUUUAGAACUCUUUCCCCAUUCAUAGAGAAAUCGCCCCCCCCCGUCUUUGCAGGUGAAGCUCCACCCCGGGAGCGCCUUGCCUCCGACCUCACCUAGCAACCAACCCAUCCAGGCUCCCAUUGGUGGGGUGGCUCCGGUGCCAAGAGGCGCGCUCGCUCGGCUCAUUGACCGCCGCCUUCCUCUUCAUCCCCGCCACCUUUUCCCUUCACGUGACACAUGGCCCGGUGCAAAAGCAAGAUCCAGAUCCAGACCCAGAUUUGGGGCGGAGGGGGGUGUCCUGCCCUCUUUUCCUCCUCUCGCUCCCUCCUUCCCCCGCAGAGGCGAGAGAGGGGGGGCGUCUCCGAUCCGCAAAGGUCAGAUCAGAGCGGCUCUGCUGCCAAUCAAGUUUGCAAGGAACUUUUUUUUUUUUGCAAUUGAGAGAAAAGGCGACUUGGUAGGAAUCCUAGUAAUUGCGGGACAUCUUUUUGCCCUGAGAAGGACAGGUGCUUGCUCCUAGAGGGACUGAAGACGUGAAUCUGUGAGCCAGACUCCCAAGUUGCAAUCUGCAGAGACCAAAAUCGUGUGCCUAGGACUGGCCUUCUGAUAGGCCAAGCAUGGAUGGCAGAGGAUUCAAGUUUUCACUUCUCUUUGGAAUAGUCGCCUAUUCUUUUUGGACUCCUGGAACUGGACUCCCAGCAUGGAAUGAGCUCCGGGGGAGUUCGGUUUUGCUUCCUAUCGACAUUCCCCCAGGAAAAACAGUGGACAAAAUAAAAUGGGAUUUCUACUCCCAAACGGGAAAUAAUACUGGUUAUCAGAUUGCUGAAAUAAGCAAUGGAAUAUUGAAAUGUAUUAAGGCCUGUGGCCAGUUUGAACAGCGGAUCGAAAUGGUCAAUGAGACCACCCUGAGGAUCAAUGACCUAAAAAUGGAGGAUAGUGGGCUCUACAAUGCUCAUGUGAGAUUUAUUGGAGAUGUGUAUCCAACAUACUCGUUCAACCUCACUGUCCAUGGGAGUGACGACGAUAUCUCUGGCAUCACUACUGGAGCCACCUCAGAUCAAGCAAAGAAGGUCUCCCCCACCAGAGAAGCAGUACUGCAAGGUGCAGAUCUACCCUGGUACAUAAUACUGAUUAUUAUUAUUGGGAUCCUGGCUGCUGUCUUUCUCAUUGUACUUUGGUGCAAGAGGGAAGCAUUAAACACCAAAUUUCAAAAGGUUUUCUGCCACAGAAAUUCCACACCCAAAGUGGUAACUUUGGAAAGUGCCUCUCUUCAGAAUGGCUAUGCAAAAUGUCGCCGUUCGGAGCCAGACGAAAUCAGUGACUCUACCCUCCCUCUGAACGGACCACUUGAAAAUAGCUGAUGGGUCUUGGCAGACCUCUUACUGUGCCACGGACUGUUUUAAAUUCUAUUUUUAUUACUCCCCUUAUUACUUAUAAUGCAUUUUGUUGCAUUGCAAUCUGUGUUGAAUAUAAUUCAAAUUGCAAUGCAGAAUAUAGUGGUACCUCGGUUUAAUAACAGUCCGGUUUAAGAACGAUUUGGUUUACAAACUCCGCAAAACCAGGAAUAAGUGUCUUGGUUUGAGAACUUUACCUUGGUAUAAGAAGGGAAUCCAAACGGUGGAAGGGCACCGGCGGCGGGAGGCUUCAUUAGGGAAAGCGCGUUUCGGUUUAAGAACGGUUUUGGUUUAAGAAAGGACUUCUGGAACGGAUUCAGUUUGUAAACUGAGGUACCACUGUACAAUACAAAGAGUCAAUGGAACAACUAAAAAUUAAAGUUCAAUGUGAAUAUUGAAUGUGAUGGAUAGCGCCAUCUCCUGUCUUCAAGCACAAAUCCACAGAAGAUUCCAAAAUACUCUUCUGUGAGGUCCUGUUAAGUGGAUCAGUGUGAAUCGUAUUAAUUCGGUUUUGGUAUUGCUUCAUUUCCUCUUCUUAUAAGCUCACAUUUGGUUCAUCACAUUUUCACAUUGAUUUGCUUGGGAAUCCCUAGACUAGGUCCAAGCACUGAUUGCGGGUUGGGGGAUCAUCCAGUCAUAUGGAAGGUUUCCUGAUCUGCCUUACGGUUCUUCUAGAAUCUUUUCAGCAGCUGCCAUGCGGAAUACCUUGUGGCAGGGGUCAGCAACCUUUUUCGGCCGUGGGCCGGUCCACCGUCCCUCAGACCUUGUGGGGGGCCGCACUAUAUUUUGGAAAAAAAAAUGAACAAAUUCCUAGUCACUACAAAUAACUCAGAGAUGCAUUUUAAAUAAAGGCACAUGUUCUACUCAUGCAAAAACACACCGAUUCCCAGACCAUCCGCCGGCCGGAUUGAGAAGGCGAUUGGGCCGGAUCCGACCCCCGGGCCUUAGGUUAGGUUGCCUAUCCCUGCAUUGUGAGAUGCAAUGGACCUCCUGUCUGAUGUUAUGUGCAAUAUGCUGCCAUUUUCUUCUCUGACAUUUGAAUGUGUUUUUAUUUUAUUUUUAACUACAGCACUUUUAUCACUAUGGCAUUCUUGGUCUUCCUGAAGGACUUCCGGUGGGUAGGCUAGGAUAUAGUUUUGAUGGUUUUGUUGAAGAGUGACACUUAUAAUGCACUGUUUGCAUUAUAAGUCUAAUGAGUCUAAGGAAAACUCAGUCUUUAUAAUGGUGAUAGGCAGUGCUGUUUUUCUAGGAAAAGAGUUGCUGGAACGCCUCUCACGUUCUCUUAGAAUGGCCAUGGCACCCACCUGAGAGGUAUCAGAACUGAGUUCUGGCAUGUUCUGGCUGAAAAAAACACCCCAUAUUUAUUGAAGUAAUAUACAAAGUUUACACACGUGGCAGUAUUUUUUAAAGCAUUAUAUUAGAUAUAGUAUUUGCAUAUUUUAUACUGAGCUGUAUUCUUUUUAUCUUUGUGGUAUUACUCUGGAUAUGAAGUGCCUGUCCUUGUAGCAAUUUUAGUGAGAUCUUUGGAUUUAAAAUAGGAGAAAUUUCUGAUAGACCUUUUAAAGAAAAAGCUGUGAAGUUCAAAUAGUGUGUAGUUUUCAAUGUCUUUUAUUCCUGUUUAUGGACUGUACAGCUUUGAAUUGUUUUAAUAUUUCUAUUUCUUCUGGGGAAUAAUAAUAAUUUGCACUGCUUUAAAAUAUAGUCCAAAUCAAUUAAAAAUUAGCCUCUAUACAGGUGAUGUAAAUCUAAUAUUGAAAGAGCCAGAAAUAUUAGUACCACCACUGAAAUUUCUUGGGGUUUCUGGAUGUAAAAUUCAUCAGAAUGGCUGAUGAAUACAGUGGUACCUUGGUUUAAGAACAGUUUAUUUUAUGAACAACUUGGAUUAAGAACACUGCAAACCCGGAAGUAGGUGUUUUGGUUUGUGAACUUUGGCCUUGGAAUAAGAACACUGUUCCGCUUCCUGUUGAGUGUGUUCCAUUUAUAAAUGGAGUCCCCCACUGCUUUGGGAAAGCAUGCCUUGGCUUAAGAACGCUUUGGUUUAAGAACAGACUUCCGGAACUGAUCAAGUUCGUAAACCAAGGUACCACUGUACUGUAUACAACAAAUGUGGCAUCUCCAAGGAAACACUGAUUAAAAAAUUAGGUAUAUGGGUAACUGAGCCCUCUGGAUGAUGUGACAUCUUGUAAUCUACCCAGAGAGGUUAAAAUGGAUAUGAAAAAGUCUUAAAACAUUUCCGUAACUGAGAUGAACAUGCUUCCGUGCACUUUACUGUAUUUCUUUUUAGAUUAUACCUAUGUAAGUGAAUAACUCCUGGCUUACCUUUGCUAUGUGUUCAGAAGCCUAGAAAAACAAUUUAGCCUUAAAAACCGGGACACCCUUUGCUGGAACACCUUGGCAGCUGCAAAAUGUUGUUUGAUCCUACCAGCACUUAUCGGGAUGGAAUUAUUUAACGUUACAUAAACUGGUGAAUAAUUGUAAUUGGAUUGUAUUCCAGUUACAGUACUGUGAAAAAGGGCUGUAUUUUAAAAACUGAUCACAGGACUUGGUAAGGCUUAGUGUUUUUUCAUUGCAAAGGUAGGGGGUGGGUUAACCCCAAUGGCUUAGUCCCAAGCUCCUGGAUAGAGUUUGAGAGUGUUUACAUACAACUUCAACUGGCUUGCUAAAACCAGGUGAGGGGAGCCGAUGGGUCUCAAACCCUCUGUGAUUUAGAACUUGCCCUGCAUGCAAAGACAGGCUCCGGCAAACUGAGCGGGCCAGACCAAGAAUGGGUCCAGCAGUCAAGAAGGCGGUUUCUACACAUGCUGUAGAGGGAAGUUGAAAGGCUUGUUUGCCUCUGUGAUACUGAUUGACUACUUUCUCUAAUUUUGUUCAUGUUGUAUUGAUUGAAUGUUAUCAUUUGUGACUCCAUUGUAUAUUUUCUGCUUAAGAAGUGUAAAAUAAUAUAAAAAAAUUCCUUCAGUAGCACCUUAAAGACCAACUAAGUUUAUAUUUUGGUAUGAGCUUUCGUGUGCAUGCACACUU